GCGUGUUCGACAUAUUUUUACCCCCUUUUUUAAUUUUAUUUUGUGGAUAUUUUAUUUGAUUUUUAAAAAUCAUUUUAUCGCUGUUGUCCUCAUUUUUGUUGCUGCUUUGCCAGUGCAGACGUGAAUUGCUUUUACAACUUUUGACACGAAUGACCAAAUAAAACUAGCGACAUUAGUGGCAACAACAUUUAUUUACAUACUAAGAAACGUGUCAACGGCAGGCAAAGUAAAGCACGCAAAAACUCAUAUAGAAGGAAGGAAGGCAGGAAGCUUACAAGGAAGCAUCCUGUCGUAUUAAAAACAUAAAAGUAGCAACAACGAAAACUCAGCGAACGAUAAGCAUAACACAAUCCAAAGGAAGAAUAACAGAAUAUCAUCGCAACUACACUGUCGCAGAUUUAAUGAAUCCUUAGAAUUUAAAUCAGUUCUAAACGUGUUAUGCGCCUUGGGGGAGUUGGCAUACCAUACGACGGCGACCCCCUGACAAUGAGCGCAGCUGGCAAUGAUUAUGCUGAAUUAUGCGAACUUGGACCUACACGAUGGAGUUCACGUGGCUAUUAUCAUGCACCAACUGCGCACAGUUCUUCCCUUCAUCCUAGCGUUCUACAACCCCAAUCAUCUUCAAGUGUGCCUACUGGAAGUUCAACAGGUUUGGCUUCACAUCAUUUACGUAGUACUAGCAGUUACGAAGCCGAAGAUAUUGGCAUCUCAUAUGGUAUGAUAGGUCCAGCACCACCUGGUUUCAAUUUGAGUGGUACAUACGGUGUGGGACCACGUAAUAGCACAAGUUCAUUGCGUGGUGGUCGUUCCGGUUUGUACUAUUCACCACCGGGAACUUCAUAUACAAUAGUUGAACGACCGCACUCGCCGCAUUACUAUUAUAAUUCGGCGGGUGUACCAACAAAGGGAGGAUCAUUGCCAGGACGCGGCUCUGCAUAUCUAUCGUCACCAUCAAGUCUAAUGGCAGCUGGUGGUGGUAGCGGUACACUACCAAAUUCUACAGCUGCAACCGGUGUGAGUGGGCGGCAUACAAUGAAUGGCAACAAAAAACGGCCGAUAUCACCCGAACAAGUGUUGCGCAUGUUUGGUGCAACACAAUCAUCUUCAGUUCCUACAAGUAGUUAUCACUAUAGUAAUGGUAUACGUGGGGAUCGCACGGGGCGUCGCAGUCCAGCUAGCAGUCCGCCGUCAACAACACAUCAGAUAUACCGUGAACGCGAUCGAGACCGAAGUGUACCAAACAUUCAUGAAUUAACGACGCGAACUGUAACAAUGUCACGUGAUCAGCAAAUAGAUCAUGGCUUUGGUAUUUGUGUUAAAGGAGGCAAAGACUCAGGAUUAGGUGUUUAUAUAUCACGCAUCGAAGAAAAUUCAGUAGCGGAAAGGGCUGGUCUGCGGCCUGGUGAUACAAUCCUAGAAGUUAAUGGUACGCCUUUUACUUCAAUAAAUCACGAAGAAGCACUGAAGAGAUGUGUGCAGAUAUUGAAAUCAUCACGUCAAAUCAGUAUGACGGUGCGUUCACCCCCGACACUUAAUUCAACGGCACCCUUGCAUGGUUUUGGGCCACCUUCACGGGAUCCAAUGUAUGCUUCGAUGGCUCCCCUGCUGCCACAGAAUGCUGCGCAAACAGGUGCAUUACCACCAGGUGCAUCUGGUGGUUUACCAUUUCGUCAAACAUGUUCCUGGAUGGACCGACAUGGGCGUCCCGCAUCACCGCCUAUGGAAUAUGGCGGCCGACGUAGUGAACGUAGAGAUAGAAUUCGAAGAGUUGAAUUACUCAUCGAACCGGGCCAAUCAUUAGGUCUAAUGAUACGUGGUGGUGUUGAAUAUGGACUUGGUAUUUUUGUUACUGGCGUUGAUAAAGAUAGUGUAGCUGAUCGCGCUGGUUUAAUGGUAGGCGAUGAAAUACUAGAAGUGAAUGGUCAAUCAUUUCUUGAUGUGACCCAUGAUGAGGCUGUUAGUCAGUUAAAAUAUCACAAACGUAUGUCUCUUGUGAUACGUGAUGUUGGUAAAGUGCCACAUUCCUGCACAUCGAUUGAAAUGGAACCUUGGGAUGCGUAUAGUCCAACGGGGACAAGAGCGCGUCGGAAAGGUCCAAUAAGCGCAAUGGUAGAGGAGAAAGCACUUUCCCUCCUAUCACGUCAUCAAUUUGCAAGUCUUUCGUAUUAUAUUGCUGAAUAUUGUGCGAGAGCAAUGACCAUAGAUGCCUUUGUAGCCGUCUUACUUGAGAUGUUGGACACAUACGAAAAACAUACGUUAGUGACGGAAAUACGUGAACUAAUAUAUCCUGAGGAUCGUUCUAGAUAUGAUGAGCUUGUUUAUCGUAGAGAUCGAGACCCAUAUAGUGUGGAUAGACACAGGCGUAAAGGAGAAUCAGCCGCUCGUGAUUUGCCGGUAAGCUUUUUAGAAGAUUUAUUCUACGACACAGACACUAUAUACACUUAA